UCCAUUUAAUUAAAUGUUGAUUUCUUAAUUAAUUAUUCUUAUUUUUCAACGAUUCCUUAAUUAAUUAAAAAAUGUCUUUAACACUAUAGAAAACGCCUCUCUGUUUCUCAAUCUCCGAUCAAAAUCCGCGGGUGGAAGUCGACACACGAAAUGGCUCUGGCUAGGGCAACGUCUGGCCCCGCUUACCCGGAGAGAUUCUACGCCGCCGCAGCUUACGUCGGCUUCGACGGAUCUGAUUCCUCGGCGAAACACGUCAGCUCCAAAUUCUCCGACGAUACUUCUCUAAUUCUCUACGCGCUCUACCAGCAGGCGACUAUUGGACCGUGCAACACUCCGAAACCUAGUGCAUGGAGACCAGUGGAGCGAAGCAAGUGGAAAAGUUGGCAGGGGCUUGGAACCAUGCCCACCAUUGAGGCAAUGCGUCUGUUUGUGAAAAUUCUGGAGGAAGAGAAACCUAGCUGGUAUUCGAGUGCAUCUAAUGAUAUUCCAGAUCCUGCCGUAGAUGUACAAAUCAGUACAACAAAAGAUGAGCCUGUUGUUGAGAUUGAGAAUGGGAACUCAGUUAGCGAGACAAAGACAAUCCCUGCUGAGAAUGGGCAUUUGGCUGAAACCCAAGAUAAAGAUGUAGUCUCGGAAGACCCAAAUACUGUUUUUGUAUAUAACCAGUGGACUGCACCCCAAACAUCAGGUCAGCGGCCAAAACCCCGUUAUGAGCAUGGCGCAGCAGUUAUUCAAGAUAAGAUGUAUAUAUAUGGUGGAAAUCACAAUGGCCGUUACCUUGGUGAUCUUCAUGUUCUAGAUUUGAAAAAUUGGAGUUGGUCAAGAGUUGAAACGAAGGUUGCAACUGAAUCAGAGGAAACAUCUCCAACACUACUAUCUCCUUGUGCUGGUCAUUCUUUGAUACCAUGGGACAACAAAUUGCUGUCUAUUGGUGGUCAUACUAAGAAUCCCUCAGAAUCUAUGCAAGUGAGGGUCUUUGAUACCCAUACCUGUACAUGGUCAACGUUGAAAACAUAUGGGAAACCCCCGGUUUCACGUGGAGGCCAAUCAGUCACAGUCGUGGGUAAAACCUUGGUGAUAUUUGGUGGGCAAGAUGCAAAGAGAUCACUUCUUAACGAUUUGCAUGUACUUGAUCUAGACACUAUGACCUGGGAUGAGAUAGAUUCCAUAGGUGUAUCUCCGUCUCCGAGGUCUGAUCAUGCUGCUGCAGUGCAUGCAGAGCGCUACCUUCUUAUAUUUGGCGGAGGUUCACAUGCUGUAUGUUUCGAUGAUCUACAUGUCCUUGAUUUGCAGACUAUGGAGUGGUCAAGACCAGCACAACAAGGUGAGAAACCAACUCCCCGAUCUGGACAUGCUGGCGUGGCAAUUGGGGAGAACUGGUUUAUCGUUGGUGGCGGUGAUAACAAAAGUGGAGCAUCUGAAAGUGUUGUACUAAACAUGUCAACUCUUACAUGGUCGGUCAUUGCUUCUGUUCAAGGACGUGUUCCUCUAGCUAGCGAGGGAUUAAGUUUAGUGGCGAGUUCAUACAAUGGGGAAGAUGUAUUAGUUGCUUUUGGUGGAUACAAUGGACGUUACAACAACGAGGUUAAUCUCCUUAAACCAAGCCACAAAUCAACACUGCAACAAAAGACUGUAGAAGCUCCCUUGCCAGGUAGUCUUUCUGCUGUUAACGCCACAACCAGAGAAAUCGAGUCAGAGGUUGACGUAAGCCAAGAAAGCAGAAUACGAGAAAUUGCCGUGGACAAUGUUAACACUGGAUCAAAGGUUGAAGGAAGCAACGAACACAUUAUUGCGACUCUUAAAUCGGAGAAGGAAGAAUUGGAGGCAUCACUGAACAAGGAGAAGAUGCAGACUCAACAACUAAGGCAAGAGUUAUCAGAAGGAGAAUCACGAUAUACAGAUUUGCAAAAGGAACUUCAGUCUGUUCGUGGCCAGCUUCAAGCGGAACAAUCAAGAUGUUUUAAACUUGAGGUUGAUGUUGCAGAGCUAAGACAAAAGCUUCAAAGUCUGGAAACACUACAGAAGGAACUUGAACUCCUCAAGCGACAAAAGGCUGCCUCUGAACAAGCCGCAAUGAACUCUAAACGACAAAGCUCAGGUGGCGUCUGGGGCUGGCUCGCUGGAACCCCUCAGGAGAAGGAUGAUGAUUCUCCCUAAUUUGUUUUUUUUUUUUGUCUGAGUCUCUCGCAAUGGUUUCUUCUUCCAGUAAGAUAUUUUUCAUUACCCUUCCUUUUUGAGCUUAUAUUACUAUCGAUGUUUAGUAUAGAUUACUUAUGAUUCGUGUUAGUAUCUGUGUAUUUUGUAAGAAAAUAUUUCUUUUGUACAACUUUCUUUUUUCAAACAAACAUAUGUUUUGGUAUUGCUGAAAUAUUUUACUCUUGGUAAAGCAUACAGAUAAUG